GUUGGCCGUCCUUUGUUACUAUGUUAUCACGACCUUGGUGAUACGCCUGUUCAAGCGAUUUCCUGCUUUGGCUGGAUGUUAUCGAUCGUGUUGCCAACAUGUUUGUUCACGAAUCCCUAGGUCACGAUGCCUUGGGGGCCGCCAGCACCACCGACCACAGCAGCCGGGCAUCGUCCGUGAUGGCUGUAAACAUCCUGUUCAUAUGCGUUGUCGCCAUAGUCGUGUCACUGAGGGCCUUCACAAAACACUCAAUGACGAGGAAGCUAUACCUUGAAGACUACCUCAUGAUAGCUUCCUCCCUGUGGUUCUUCUCGUUCUGCGCCGUGAACCUGGCGGCGGUGCCCGUCGGCUUUGGACAGCAUGUAUGGGACCUGCCCGGUGCCACGAGAGAUGAUCAGUUCGCCGUGGCAACCCGGGUCCAGAAACUAAACUACCUCGCCCUCAUCCUGCUCUCGCCCGCCAUCGUCCUGGCCAAGGUCUCCAUCAUCGCCAUUCUCCUGCGCAUCUUCCCCCAGCCGAUGAAGUGCCUCCGCCUCUUCCUGUUCGCCACCGCCGGGCUCAUCAUCCUGUGCUGCACAUGCCAGGCCUUCCUCGUCAUCUUCCAGUGCUCGCCGGUCCAGUUCAGCUGGAUGCUUGGUGGUCCAAACGAGGGGACAUGCUAUGGACUUGAGCCCAUCGUGCUCACGUUGGGUAUUGUGAACGUCGUUACGGACUUUGUCAUUUGUUUUACUCCGAUUCCGUCUUUCCUGAGAUUGAAAAUGCCGGCGGCACAGAAAGCAUGUCUUUGUGCGCUGUUCCUCACUGGCUUGAUAGCCUGCGCCUUCAGUAUCGUGCGGGUUCUCUCUUUGCGAGGACUGGCAAACAAUAUUGAUGUGACUUUUGCCUCCGUUACUUACUACAACUGGUCUGUUGUUGAGACCGGAUUCAUCAUUAUUACUGGCUCUGUUCCAUCGCUGAGGCCAUUACUGGCAACUAUUCUGCCAGAAUUCUUCAAGUCGACCAACUUCCCUUCUUUAUUCUCAUCACAGCGGAGGAGCACAUGGAAGGCUGUUAACUCAUCCUCGUCGACGAGGGGGAUGAUUACGGUCACCAAAGAUUUCGAGGUUACGGAGCUCAGGAAGGAAAUUUCAGCUGCUUGA